UCACUGCCUGAACUGAGACAGAGGUUCGACUACUUGUCCCAGUACGCGACGAGUCUGGUCUCCACUCCGGAGGAUCGUUUGAAUGAGUUCGUCAAGAAGCUACGGCCGGACUUGAGGCCGUACGCCGCACUGAUCACGACGACAGAUUUUAAUGCGGCGUAUGAUUUGAUUGUGAAGACGGAAAAGAGCUUGGACGAUCUGCAGGCAACCAAGAAGGAGGAUCGAGCGACGAAACACCCGCGACCCGCGGCCAGCACCAGGCCGAGCGGGAAGAGUUUUGGAUUCGGGGGAAAGAGGAGGCUUUGCCCGACAAACCCUAGCAGCGAGCCUGUUUUACCUAGAGCUCCGGAUCAGCCUGCCGCAUCACAUCCAGCACGAAGUCAGCAGUCUACGGCCGCAAAUAAUCAGCAGAGAGCACGUCCGCAGCAGUCAGGCCGGGCACCAGCGCGUACCUACGCCAUGCAUGGGCGCACAGAUCCUAGCCCCGAUGUUAUCUUGGGUACGUUCAUACUAUUUGAUUCGGUUAUGCAUGCCUUGAUUGAUCCGGGUUCUACGCUCUCCUAUAUCUUUGUUGGCAUGCCUGCUAAUUCUGCGAUUGUGAGGAGUGACCUUGAGAUACCUACCGUUGUAUCGAAUCCGCUAGGACAUAGCAUGCGUCUUCAUCACAUUUAUCAUAGAUGUCCGUUGUCCGUGCAAGGGAAGCAAUUCCCUGCGGAUUUGAUAGAGCUACCACACAAGGAGUUUGGCAUUAUCCUUGAUAUGGAUUGGCUCACCGAGCAUAGAGCAGUGGUCGACUGUAGUUGUCGGACCGUACGGCUGAGAGCCGAGGACGGUAGUGACGUAUUACUCUCCGGGGAGGUGUUCCCCAAGGCUCCCGAGUUCAUAUCGUCCUUGAGCGCGAGGCGCUUGAUUCGCAAGAAGUGCGAGAUGUUCCUGUGUCACGUUCAGGAUAUGCGAAAAGAAUCGCCACUUCAGCAGGACAUUUGUACGGUUUGCGACUUCCCCGAUGUCUUUCCCGAAGACCUACCUGGUUUGCCUCCGCCGAGAGAG